CACGCGUACACUGCAGCUCUGAGAUGCCUCGACGGGAGCCUGCCGGCUACUUCUGUGGCUAACUAAAGGUGCCCCGCUGCAGCUGAGGAUGGCAGGGGACUCCCGAGUCCACAUGGACCACGACAUGGAGAUAGGAGUGACACCCAACGAGGUGAAGAAGCUUCCAAAGCACCUUCGGGAGGCUCAGAUCCCAACUGACCGGACGCACCUGAUCGCAGACUCGACCAGGAAACCGCGGCAGCGCUACGUGCAGAAAGACGGCAAGUGCAACGUGCACCACGGCAACGUGAAGGAGACCUACCGCUACCUUAGCGACCUGUUCACCACACUAGUCGACCUGCGUUGGCGCCUUAGCUUUUUCAUCUUCACACUCGUCUACGUCGUCAACUGGCUGUUCUUCGGCUUCCUGUGGUGGCUCAUCGCUCUGAUUCGGGGGGACCUGCUGCACGGUGACGAGGAGGGGUGGACCCCCUGCGUGGAGAACCUGAACAGCUUCGUGUCCGCCUUCCUGUUCUCCAUCGAGACCGAGACUACGAUCGGCUACGGCUUCCGCGUGAUCACGGAGAAGUGCCCCGAGGGCAUCGUGCUGCUGUGCGUCCAGGCCAUCCUGGGCUCCAUCGUCAACGCCAUGAUGGUGGGCUGCAUGUUCGUCAAGAUCUCGCAGCCCAAGAACCGCGCCGAGACGCUCAUGUUUUCGCACAAGGCCGUCAUCUCGGUGCGCGACAACAAGCUGUGCCUGAUGUUCCGCGUCGGGGACCUGCGCAACUCGCACAUCGUGGAGGCGUCGAUCCGCGCCAAGCUCAUCCGUUCGCAGCAAACCAAGGAGGGCGAGUUCAUCCCGCUCAACCAGACGGACAUCAACAUUGGCUUCGACACGGGCGACGACCGGCUGUUCCUGGUGUCGCCGCUCAUCAUCUCGCACGAGAUCAACGAGAAGAGCCCGUUUUGGGAGAUGUCGCGCGCGCAGAUCGAGAAGGAGGACUUCGAGAUCGUCGUCAUCCUGGAAGGCAUGGUAGAGGCCACAGGGAUGACCUGCCAGGCCCGCAGCUCCUACCUGGACACGGAGGUGCUGUGGGGCUACCGCUUCACGCCGGUGCUCUCGCUGGAGAAGGGCUUCUACGAGGUGGACUACAACAACUUCCACGACAUCUACGAGACCUGCACGCCUUCCUGCAGCGCCAGGGAGCUGGCCGGCCGCCUCAAGGACAGCCAGCUGCUGCCCCAGGUCUCGCUGCUCUCGCCCUCCGAUCCCUCCCAGCCCUCCCAGCCCCAGGGAGGAGGACCCACCACCACUACUACGCGGGGGGGCCAGGAGCAGGAGCAGGAGCAGGAGCAGCAGAACCACCCGGAGAACCUCAACCUCAACCAGGACCUGGAUCACAAUCAGCACCCCUCCCAGAACCUCAGUCUCAACCUCAACUUGGUGGACCAGAACCAGUAUCUGAAUCUGUGUCACCCGGCUCUUCUGCGGGGAGGGAACCCCCACCCCCAGCACCAGCGUGACCACCACCACCAUCAGCUUAUCAGCACCACGGAGGAGGACGAAGAGCUGAGGCUGAGGAUCACCACCACCAUGGUGGAGGAGGAUGAGGAGGGGGAGGAGAGGGUGGAGCGGGAGGACCGGGAGGAGAGGGAGAACAAGGGACAGGGACAGGGACUUGGGCUGCAGGGGGAGGUGGUGGAGGAAAGAGGGGGCAGCGAGACCAAUAAUGGAUCGGCCAACACGAUGGAGGACAACAGAGCUUAA